AUGGAAGGGAUUGGUCUUGCGGCGAGUAUUAUUGGCAUUGUAGAGACGUCUUGGAAAAUCAAGAACUACAUUGGCAGUAUCAAGAAUAGUGCCAAGUCUCGGCUGCUUCUCCUAGAGGAAAUAACACUCACUUGGCUGAUUUACCAGCGGCUUGAGGGAGAGAUCGACCUUACCAAAGGAGAGCUGGCGGAUGAAACUUGGGUCCAACCACUCAAAGCCCUUGAUGGAUCCGACGGCAUCGCCUCUCAGGUUCGCGAGCAGCUGGAAGAGAUCAGUUCCCGACUCAAUAUACCUGAAGGCCGGUUUCAGAAGGUCAUGGCGAACCUACGGUGGCCCUUUCAGGAGAAAGAGGCCAUGAAAAUAGUCGAACGACUCCACCGGCUAAAGGAAACUACGAUAAUGCUCAUCCAGCAGUCUAGCUUCCGACUGACCCAGGAUCUUCUUCACAACCUAAGCAAUGUCAACACUGUUCUUGGCGACACACAAUUCACCAAGCUACUGGCCUGGCUCACUCCACUCAACUUUGUUCGCAAGCAGGAAGAAGUCCUUGGCGCCGCUGAUCCUUACAGCUGCGAUCUCCUAGCAUUCAGUCCCUUUCGACGAUGGCAAGAGGGCCAGUUGAGAUCAUUGUGGUGUUAUGGUGUUCCAGGUGCCGGCAAAUCGGUUGCCGCUGCGUCGGUCUACGCGCAUCUUGUCAGGCAGUACAAGGAAGAAAACGUAGCGGUGGUGAUUGCCUUUUGCAGUUUCGACCAUGAGAAGUCACUGUCUCCUCAGAACGUUGUUGCUAGCUUGAUGAAGCAAAUUCUGCAGAGACGGGGGAGUCAGCAUGUUCCAUCGAAACUGACCGAGGAAUACACACGCGCUACAACGACCAAGGAUGGACAACCAUUAAGCUUAGCGGCUGCGACUGAGUUCCUCAAGGACGAGCUUCAGGAAUUCGACGAGACUUACGUUAUUCUUGAUGGCCUUGAUGAAGUGCGUGGCAAUGAUAGGGCGUCUAUGGUUGAGGCCCUCCAUGGUAUCAAGGCUGGGGUCAGGAUUAUCAUCACCUCUCGUUACUUGCAAGAUAUCCUUGAAGCCUUUGGGAAAACGCAGGUUUGCCAAAGCUGCCGCAAGGAAGACAACGAAGCCAAAGCCUACUGGCGAAGCAGAGACAGUGCGACAUAUGUCGUGUGCGAUAGUUGCCACUCAGCUAGAAUUCUGAGUGGUACAAACGAGCAUCAGACCUUGAGAGAACUGAAGUGGGCCAAGUUGAAGUACCGACCAAGUGCGAAAGGAAUAAGAGCCUAUGUAUCAACAAGACUGGACUCGGACAGGAGACUACGAAACCUCCUUGGGCCUGACUCUGGUGAAGAAGAGCUCAGAGCGCUGGCAAUUAACACAGUUACUUCAAAGGCUGAAAAUAUCUUUCUCUUGGCACGCCUUCAUGUUGACUCCCUCUCCGAGUGUUUAACGGUUGGCGACUUGGAGCGAACAUUGAACUGUUUGACCGGAGACCUAGAUCAGAUGUACUCCGAGAGCCUAAAGCGAAUGGAACGAGGCCUGACCAGCCGGAAGCAUAAAGAGCUCCUUGACAAGCUUUUGACUUGGAUCGCUUGGGGUCAAAGGCCUCUGAGUGUCGCUGAGCUAGGCCACGCUCUCUACGUUUACGCAGGAAUCCAGGACAUCAGGGAUCGAGACAUUCUACCUGUCCGAGAAAUCACCGCAUGGAGCGCGGGACUACUGUUUGUUGACAGCAACGAUCGCGUGCGGGUCAUCCAUCCUACAACCAGUCGCUUUUUCGUCGAAAGAAGAAAUAAGCUCUAUCCUCAAGGCGACCGGAUUAUUGCUCAUGACUGUAUCAAUUACAUGAAGAUGGUUGGUCUUACAACCGCCUACUCCGGCCCUGACGAGAGGAUUCAGUUUAUGCUCCGUUGCAGGAGGUACCCUCUGAUCAAGUAUGCGGUGGAACAUGCCUUCAAACAUGUUGCCAGAAGUGAAGAAAAGGAUGACGACGACAGAGUGGUGCUGUUUCUUUUGAACGAAGCCAAUAGGAAAUCCUUCGUCCAGGCGCUCUAUUACCUAGACAAGAAGUGGAGCAUCAACGGGGAUGUGUCUGCUCUACAUCUUGCCGUCCACCAUGGCCUUGUUGAUGUCGUGGAGCGUCUCAUAGAAGAAGGCGGGGAUGUCGACAGCCAGGACAUUUAUGGGGCGACACCGCUGAUGUACGCUGCGAACCGCGGCGACGAAGCGCUCCCUGAGUUGAAAAGUCUCCUCAAGGCCGGAGCUGACGCGGCGAUUCAGUGCUCGGUCGGUUCAACGGCUCUCAUGCGAGCAGUGGCUUCGGGCGCCGAACGUUUCGUAACCCGGCUUUUGCGCCAGCCAGAUGUCAACAUCAACGCGGUUCCUUCCAAUGACAACUUCCUCCCAGCGCUUGUCGGGGCCAUCAAAACAUCUAAUGACGCCAUAUUGAAAAAGCUGCUAUCGCACAAAGAUGUGGACGCCAACUUUACAGGGCAGGAUAGACCGAGUAUCCUUACGCCUCUGCAUUAUGCUGCGAUUCGGAACAAAGUUUCUGCCCUCAAGCUUUUGCUUAAGCAUAAGGACAUCAAAGUUGAUAUCCCAGACUCAAGUCAAGGGUGGACUCCUCUCUUUUAUAGUAGCACUAGUGAAGUUGCGGGGCUGCUCCUUGACCAUGGCGCCGAUAUUGAUUUCCAAGACAACUACAAGGGCACUGCACUUAUGCGUGCGGUGGACAACCACGCUCAGGAAGUGGUGGAGCUCCUAAUCAGACGCGGUGCAGACGUCAACCGUCAAGACAUGCUAGGUCGAACUGUGCUUCAUUCAGCGGCUGUGAAUAAUGCCUGGCAGGCCAUGGAAUAUAUUGUCAGGAAUGUUCCCAGUAUUGACAUCAACGCUCAGGGGCAGCAAGGGGAGACUGCCCUGCACGACAGCUGUGAAGGAAAUGAUAUCCGGGCGGUGAAGAUCCUUGUGAGCGCGGGAGCUCGCUGCGACAUCAGGAACAAGGACGGCAGGACAGCUCUGGAGAUUGCCGAGCUGAGGAAGAGCACUAGAAUCUCAGAGGUUCUCAAGAAAGCCAAGGGGUAUGACGGUACAGAUGGCAUGCAUAUCAAAAAGACGCUUGCGGAGGCUGUGGUUGCGGAUCCAGUCGACGUGCUACAGUUCAGAAUCGCGAACGCCAACAUCGACGACCUCCAUAAGUCCUCGGCAUUUCACGGUGCCCCUCUUCACCAGGCGUGCGAGUAUGGUCGUGCGGACGUUGCCAAGAUGCUUCUUGACGCUGGUAGUGAUACCGAGAUCAAGAACUCCUUCGACCGCACACCGAUCUUCAUGGCUAUAACAUUUGGCCACUUGGAGUGUGUCAAACUCCUCUUGAGCUAUGGCGCCGACGGUGAUGCGUCGCCUUUGACCAAUUUUUCGCUGUGGGAGUAUGCAUGGUCGCUUGGAUACAGAGAGAUCUCCAUGGAGCUGAUCGAAUACGGCGCACGCAUAGACAAUACCUCUGUGUAUAUGAGCGUACUGUUACUCCAGGCGGUAUAUGAUGAUAAUGUUGUAGUUGCAAGACGCCUCGUCGAGGCGGGCGCUUCGAUACACCAAAAGUUGAGUGGUGUCACGGCAAUGCAGUUGGCAGAUAUUGAAAAGUCGCGGGAGGUGCUAAAAUACUUUAGUGGACUAGGUGAUGAUGAUGGACGACGAAAAGGCCAAGUCCAUACCACGCACACCAACAUGGAGGAGGAGGAGGAGUCCUACCAGUUCAAGUUUCCUCCGGAGCUUCUUGAGCUCGUGGUGCAAUUCGCUAUCCCAGCGAGGUCAUUCAAGAGAGCACUCAGGCUGAGGCUCGUCAACCGGAAUUUCCAAUACAUCGUUGACAAAGAAAUGUUCCGCACGCGUCUGUUAGAUGGGCCACUCAGUAUUGUCUGCGAUGACCUUUUACACAACCCUGAAAAGGCCGAAUAUUACCGCAAUGGUGACCAUGAUACGCCGUGGUUCGCGUUGAUUAAACGCUACUAUGCCCAGCGCAUACUCCAUCAGCCAAACAUCACCGACCGGCGGUGCCCGGAUGUGUUAUUUCGCAAAGCUGUUGCCAUUCUGUGCAGGUAUAAAGGCAUCAAACAGGGUGAUGACACGGAUGCCGUGCUGUCUAUCACGACUACAGUGUGCCAAGUCGGAUUCUGGGAGAACUUUUGCUGCCUUCACAACCAGUAUCUUGGCUACUUCAACUACAGAAUGUUUGUGGGCACAGAAGCCUGCCGCGGUCUGCAAUAUUGUAACCCUCUGGCUCUGAAGCAUCUCCUGUUGAACGUGGCCUUGUACCUUGGCGACGUCGAUCUGAUCGCGCAGUUCUGGUACAUGGCGCCGCGGUACCCACCCCCAAACACUUCCGCCUUGCGAAAUCAGUACCCGUUCCACGGCCACCAGAUGAUCGCGUCGGCACAUGGCGGCCUCAAUGCUUUCAAACUGCUCAACUAUCUGGAAACUGGCAUCUACACAAAGAAGCAGUACGCCGAGGAGUUUUCCAACAACGUCAUCUUGAACCUGGUCGCCAACAUAUCCAAGCAAGGCGGCAGCACCAGACUCAUCCAUUUCCUGCUGGGCCUUGACAUGACAUGGAACCCUAACGGUUCCUGGUUUCACUGGCCGCUCAAGGAAGCGCUACUGCACGCCCACACGCCAGACGUGUUUGAGCACCUCGCUCCCCUGGGCGGACCCCAUUUCACUCCACUCUCCUCGCAUCACUCCAACGGCUUGUUCGUGAGCAGGUCUACGCCCAUGGGUCGUCGGCUGGCUCACCACGCCGCGCGGAACAACCUGGUCAUGGUCAAGUACCUGGUCGAACGCAGCAGCGAGUCGUUCCUCAACUGCCCGGAGCCAGCAAUGGUGGACCAGCCAGCCAUGAGCAUCUAUCACCGUCGCUUGACACCCGACUACAAGGUGGCCAACCUGCUGGUGAAGCAACAACCGCUGUACAAGGCCGUCGCGGCCGGCGCCAUGGAGCUUGUGGAUUACAUGCUGGAAGCCGGAGCAGACUGCAACAUUUCCAGAACCUCCCCAGCGACGGCGUUGAGCGUGGCGGUGCGACGCUGCGAUCUCGAGAUGGUGCGGCUGCUGAUCGAAAAGGGCGAGGCGGACCCCAACCGCGGCACGCCACCGCCGAUCGUCCUGGCCGUCCAGGCCGAGUACCCGGCGAUGGUCUAUCUUCUUUUGCAGAAGGGCGCGGUCCUCGACACUCCAAAGAGUGGAGGCUGGGCAAUGACCAUCGCCGAGGAGUUUGGCCUCGACUCAAUGAAGAAGCUGCUGAUUGGCCUCGGUGUGAAGGCCGAAUCGAUGCACUCCUCUCCCUAUGCGAGAAAGGGAGUCGAUUAUGAACAGGAAGCUGUAAGAGAGCUCAUGUGCCCCGGCCCCUGGUUUCUGUUUCCGCGGUAG